AUGUUUCAGGGCACAGGAGCGGGCGCCUUCAAAUCAUCUGCCAACGCUGCUACCCGAGGCCAUGAAGGUCCCUCCAAAGGCUACCGCAAGAAUGGUGGCGGCGGCGGAGGUGGAUCUCGCGGUGGCAAUGGUGGCGGCAACAACUACUACAAUAACUCCGGCGGCAGCGGUGGGGGCGGCCGCCACUACCAAUCUAGUGGACAAAACAACAGCGACAACAACAACUUCGGCAACAACAAUAGGCGUCCCUUCUAUAACAACAAUAGGGGCGCCCCUUCCAAGAGAAAAAAAGUUGCAGCAGCUGCAGACACGUCAUAUGGAGUUGACACAAAUUGGUAUGUCGACUCUGGCGCCACCGAACACAUCACCAAUGAGCUCGAGAAGGUGACCGUGAGCGAGAAGUAUCGUGGCCACGAUCAAGUCCAUAAUGCAAAUGGUGAAGGCCACGAGGAAAAUUCUCUACCCAGGUAG